CGGAGAGAAGCGGUGUAAGGAUGGAGGAGCUGAGCGCUGUGGGAGAGCAAGUUUUCGCAGCGGAAUGCAUUCUAAGGAAAAGACUGAGAAAGGGGAAGCUGGAGUACUUGGUGAAGUGGAGAGGAUGGUCUUCCAAACAUAACAGCUGGGAGCCCGAAGAAAAUAUUCUUGAUCCACGACUCCUGCUAGCUUUUCAAAGGAGCCAACAAGAGAAAGAACUACAAAAUCGUAAACGAGGCAAGAGGCCCAGAGGCAGGCCCCGAAAACAUGUGGAACAAGAAACUCCUCUUUCAUCAAAAUCGAGCAGUUCUUCUGAAGAUGAUGAGGAAGAUACAGAUGAUGAGGAGGAGGAAGAGGAAAGUGAUGACCAGACCCAGUCUGCAUCCCAGAGCAACGAUCGUCGGGAAGAUUUGGACCGCAUCCCUCCGAAACGGGCACAGACAGAAGUCGUCCAUAGUAAAGCAGAUCUGAAAGACUCUGGCAAAAAGAAACGCACCAGCAAAGUAAUUCGGAGUGAACUUCGGAAGAACAUAAAAAUUAAACCAGGAAAAGCUUUAAAAACACCUGGGAAUGAUACAAGUGGUGACUCUGGAACAGAUGAAUCAUCAAAAGAAAAACUAAGUAAACCAGACGGACCUGUAAGUGAAAAUAACUCCAGAUCAGAGAAGAGUAACAUGGGGGAAUCUCCGAGCACCACUGGUGGAAUGUUAAAUUCAAGCAUCUUCAAUUCAUCAAAAGCCAGUAAUCAAAGGGCAGCUUCACAAACUGCAAAUCGUGCAGGAUUAGGUCAGCAUUCUUCCAGCAUACUUUCUGCCAGUUCAAUGGCACUGACUAAAUCUGCCUGUGAACAGCAGUCUGUAAAUACACCAGUGUUAAAUCCACAAGGAGCAAAUGAGAAAAAUAAGGUUGGAUUAGUUAAAAAUCCCGGAAAUACUAAAAGCUCAAAUGAGUUGUGCAAAUCUGAAUCCGACUCAAAGAGUUUGAAUAUUCCUGGAACAAUGAAGACCAAUUCUAGUGUUUGUAGUUCAGCUAAUCCAGGAACAAAUUCUCAAAGUCUGAACAGUCAAAGCUCAAGCACCCUAGGUCGUAAUUUGCCGACUUCAAAUUCUCAGAACACUAACAAUUCAGGAUUAAACCUUCAUGCCUUAAACCUGCAGAGUACCAAUAAGAUGGGGUUGAAUUCCAAGAAUGUGCCUAGUCCAGGAGUGAAUUCAUCAGGUUUGACUUCAAAGAACAACAUAAACAAUUUGUCGUUUGUGAUUUCCAGGAACUCAGCUGAAUUGAACUCUCAUGUUGUUUCUAACAAACUUCUAAGUUCACAGACUGCCAAUAGCCAGGCAUCAUGUGAGAGCAGUGGAAAUGGGGUCGAGAAGGAGAAUCAGAUGAAAGAAGAUAAGGAGGUGACGGACACUGCAGUCCAUCAUUCUGAUAACCGAAUCAGAGACAGUGACAAAAAGGAUGUUUCAUCUGACACAUCCAAACAGAGUGGCAGCGUGCCAACAGAACUGAGCACAGGUGAGGAGACGAUGAGUUCAGACUCGGACCAUGACUCUUCAUUUUCCAGCAUGGCUGCAAACCCAUCCAUUUCCGUCCAGACAAACCAAGACUGGAAACCCACUCGCAGCUUGAUCGAGCAUGUGUUUGUCACUGAUGUGACUGCCAAUCUGGUCACAGUGACAGUGAAGGAGAGUCCAACUAGUGUGGGCUUUUUCAAUAUCCGCCAUUAUUAGAGUUAUUGGGGGGAGAAAAUAAACUCUAGUAAUCAAAUGUUAGUCUUCCACUAGAAAUCAAUUUUUUUUCAUCUUGGUCUUCGUCAGCUCUUGAUUUGUCUUUGAUGGCUAUAAGUACCAUUUACAGUAAUGCCCAAAUUAGUUUCUUCCACUUCAGCAGACAAAACUAGUGCAUUAAAUAGAAACUAACCUCUUUGAUAGUAAAUCUGUUUUUUUUUAAUUAAUAGCUUACUCAGUUUUCUAGCCCAUUUCUCAUGGACUCAACUUAUAUAAAUUAUGUAUUCAAAUUGAAUUCCUGCAAUGGAAUGUCCUUAUUUGACUACCUUUGUCAAUUUUAUUUUAUAAAAUGAAGGUCAAAGAAUAACAAAUGAUUUGUUUUGAUGCCAGAGGAAGUGAAGCCUAGGGAGAUAAGUCAUGAAGGAUGACCGUGACACAUUGUGAGGAUGUAGUCAGUGUGAGAAACUUUGUAAAUAUAGAAGGAAAGGUGAACAGGGAGAAAUAGUGUAACUUGCUGCUGAAACAACUCAUGGUUUUGUUUGAUUUGUUUGUCAGGAAAUGCGAGGAAGUUAUAAAUCCAGGAAAAAGUGUAUAUGCCUUACUAGCAGCAAAAGGAUUGGUGUUGACUGAGUUGUAGAAAGUCAAAGCAGCUGGUUGUUAUUUCAUUACCCUGCCAACAGUAGAGCAGAGCAUAACCCAUAGUUGUUUAAGUUUGGAUUACUAAAAUUAAUUAUCUGCAGAAUCACAGAAUGGGAGACCAGUUUUAGAAAGAUUGUACACAGUAGAAGCUUCCUAUUGAGCUACUUCAGUUUGGACAGAAGUAUAUUGUUCGAUGAUCUGAUAUAGGAAAUUCAGCAGAGCAUACACAAAGGUUUUGGUUAACAUUUCAUAGUGUUAAUGAUACCUAUACUUAAUUUUGUUUUAAUUCACCACCAUUAUAGGCUCUGUUUAAGCCAUUCUUGAGAAGAUGUUUAAGAAAUCAAAAUCUGCCUCCAGUGUAUUCAAUGAUGAAAUAAUUUUAAGCUAGUUUUAUUUGGCAGAAUGGUAUGGCAAACAGGUUUAAUAGUGGGAUAAAGUAUCAGCCUUUCAAUCUUUGGGCAAAUAUUUAAUCAUUCUGGAUCUUUUCAAUUUUCUCAAUGUUAAUUAGGUUUUAACAACUUUUAGAUUGCACUCAUCAUUUCCCAAAGACCUCAUUCUUUUCCAGCCUAACACUAUCCCAUGCAGUUGUUGUGGACUUGCACCAUGGAACAUCAGUUAAAAUAACCACUACAAAGCUAAAGUGUCAACCACCAAAGUUUGCACCCCUGACUCUAGUGCUAUGAAACAGGUCACAGGGACAGGAAGAGAUCUUUCAGUUCUUGUAACAUGUCCAUUAUUCAUUUAGGUUAUAACUUAUCCAUGCCUCAAUUCUUAUCACUUGACACCCUUGCCUUAUCUAAUUUCAGUUGACUCUAUCCACAGCUUUUUUGGAGUGGAUACAGUGGCAUAGAGAAGAGAAUUACACAUUUUGAUUGCUCACAGUAUGGGAAAAAUGCUCCCUGAUUUUCUUCCUGAACACCCUAACUCUAAUAAGAUGGUCCAUUCUUGUUUUCAAUUCCUUCCCUAUCCACCUUAUUAAAAUUUAUUGAUAUUUUAGUUACUGUUUUAACUACCUCAAAUCAGAUUAUCCUUCAAUCUUCUUGACUCAUGGAAAUGAAAUCCCAGGUAAUGCAACUUUCUCGUUAUUUAACUCUAUGCCCAAACAUCAUUCUGGUGAAUCUGUGCUGUUGUGCCCACCCUUCUGAAAUCCUAUGCCCAAAAUUGAAUGCAAUGUUCCCAGAUAGGAUCUGACUAAUUACCUGUACAUCCAAGUCCAAUAUUCUAUUUGCCUUUUUAAUUACUAUUUGUAGUACAAUUUUUGAAAUUAAGUAGCUCAUAGCUCAUAAUGAUCAAAUGGGUGAGGCACUAUUAAAUCGUGUAUGAUUGUGAAAUCACAGCUGACCAAGGGGAGAGAACAAAAAUGAGUAGGAAGACUAAUGUUUCUUUCUAUUGAGGUCUCGGAUAGCUGUAGACUUGACCUUUAGGCUAACUCUCAGCAGUAGGUUCAGCAUUAACUUAAUUUUUAUAAAAUUCAAAUGUGUAUCAAAGUGCUACUGUGAAAUUGUUUUUGUACUCAAGAUUUCUCAAAGAAGCAAAAUGUAGGUAAAUAAAAAGUCAUUUCAAACAGCAAUGAAGUCAUUAUUUGGCACAGUGUGGGCUGUCUUUCUCCAUAGGCUUUGGGUAACAAAAAUGCAGUUUUCUGGUUGACUCCCUGCAUCCAACUAUGUAUGGGGUUUUCUAGAACAAAGAUCCAACCAUGGAAUGAUUUGAAAACAAAGAUGAACAUCUUAAAGCCAUGCUUUCGUUUAACCAAAAGUCUAUGUAGAUCAGUGAGUGCAGAGCUAAUAGGUAAACUUGAAUUGAGAUAAGAUGAAGGAAGCAGAAUCUUGGAUGAGUUUAAAUCAUGAAGGAAUGAAGAUUGGGGGCUGUCCAGAAAUGAAUUGGAAUAACCAAGUUGAGAUAGGUUUUGGCAGUAGGUGAGGUGAGCUGAGACAGGGUUGGAUUUGAGUGGGACAACGUGAGGACAGUGGAAGUAAACAUCUUGGUGAUGUGGAUGUGUGAUUGAGAGUUCACUUCGAGGUCAAUAUGACACCCAAGAUGGAAGAUGUCUGGUUCAGUCUCCAACAAUUGCCUACAAGAGAGAUAAGGUGGCAAGGUGGGAGCCAAAAACAGUGACUUUGGACAUUUGCAAUAUUUAUCUGGAAGAAUUUUUGUUCAUCUGUUACUGGAUGUCAGGCAAGCACCCUUGACACGUUGGAGACAAUGGAAGUAUUGCAGGUUGGUAGUGAGGCGCAGCUGGGUUAGUUGAACAUAACAGUGAAAUGGGCUGUUUUGUCUUCCAGAUGUAAAGCAAAAUAUCUGCAGAUGUUGGAGGUGCUGAACAGGUCAGACAGCAUCUGUGGAGAGUGCAAGAGUUGAUGUUUCAGAUGAAUGAUAUUUCAUCUAAUCAAAGGCUAGCAUGUAG